CGGAGGGGUUCGUCAGCCUAUGCCUGCAGGAUCCUCUGAGGGUGAUCGAAGAACUUGUUCAUCUCGCUGUUGGAGAUGGAUGUGUCCAAGUGGUUUGUGAGAUUUUGAAAACCAUCCGGCCCGCCUGUGACCACAAGGGCAGUGACGAGCCUUCAAAAUCCCUGUUACAAAUUGAAAUGGAGCGUGCUUUCGCUGCCCAGCUGCAGGAACCGUCGAAAAGCGCUGCCAACUUUGUGUCUCUCGUCAAGGAACUCGCUCAGAAUUACUUUCUGGACUUCGACGCCUUCCUGCUUUUCAUUGUGCAUUACAUGGAGUCCGGUGGGACCAGAAAUCCAUUCCCGGACGAGUGCUUCCCACUAAAAGUCUUCGCGGCAAUGUGCUCCGGAAUAUCGGAAAAGUACAAGUAUCCAAUGCUGCUAAUGGUGGCGCAGCUUUUGGACAAAGCUUGCGUUCUUCUGAAUGGAAAACAGAAGGAAUUAAUAGUAGACAUUUUGUACUCCUGCGUUCCCGAUAUCCUAUCGUCUUCAGAUAAGUGUUCAGGGGACUUUGAACACUUGAAAGACACGAUAGGAACACUUAGCAACUUGUGCCAAGUUGCGUUAUGUGGUGUACUGAAAAAUACCAAAUUGGAAGGACAUUGUUUAUUCAAGUGUCUGUCCGAAUCCGUGUCAGAUGACCUACUUAUGCAGACGAAAGAACAGUGGGAAGUGACAUGCAGAACGCUACACGACCAGCACAGGGGUCUGACGGCUAUAGAGAUAACGCUGCCUUAUUUUUGUGUCAGAUUGAGCGGUGCAACCUGGGCGGAGUGGGAAAUCCUGUCUGAACGUCUCGUACAGACCUUGCGGCUGAGUAAGGGCCACCCUCCUACCGUGCUCGAAGCGAUCAGGGCGCUGACGAAUUGUGUGGCUGCCUGCGCUCAGUUCUUCCACAUUGGCAGCUGGGGAUACUUUUUUUCCAGCUUCGCAAAAGUAGUGAAGGCACAGCUGCAAGGCAGCGAGCUGACAGAUUGUGAAGUCUGCGAAGUCAUUCGUGAACUACUGCUGUCCUUAUCGGUGGUCCCAGUAGAGUGCCAUUGCCAAGGCAUUAUCCUGUUGCUCGACGUCGCCCAGCUGUUAUCUUCGGACAGGAAAGAUGAAGCGACAUCCCUCCUCAAGGAUGCAUUAGCGGCAGCUGAAUCUUCCAGGGAAUGUACCAUUGCUGCGAAGUGUCUCGGAGAUAAGAUGCUCCGCCAGAUCUCGCAUAUAUGUAGGUAGAUCGUAAAGAUAUAGGUGCCAGAUAACUGUUAUGAACCAUAGGCUUCCAGAGUGAAUCACUACGAAGCGAGCUUUGUAAAAGGAAUACGUACAACUAUGCAUGCAUACUUCGUAGCUGAAAUUUUAUCACAGUCUCGUUGUUCGAUGUGUUGCCACUGUGAAGCUAGUCUCUAUUACUGUUGCGCGAGUAUUUUUUUUAAAUAUAUAAUUUGAUUUUAUUGUUGUUUAAACAAUAGAUUGUAUACUUUAUGAGGGGGUCUAGAAAGUACAUAAAAGGUCCAUGUUUAGGCAAGAAACUCAGGAACGAUAUUUUGAACAAAGACCGGCCAUUUUCUAGGA